CCGACUAACUGAACACACAGUCAUUAUCAAGCAGCGAACAAGCGCGGAUCAAGCGAAGUCUAACGAAUUGAAACAUAGCAGAUUGAUCAUAGCAAAGGAGCAAAAUAAAAAAAAAAUACAUAAAAUACAAAUCCUCUGAUUAGUACUACAACAUUUUCGAGUACCUUGAUUUUUGAAAAAAUAAAAAUUAACAUUUAUGCGCUUACAUCUAACAAGCUGUGCUUGAAAUAGAAAACUAGACUGAACAGUUGAUUUUUAAUUUGUGCAAAUUUUUCGGCGAAGUUCGCUAUAGCAAUGAUGCCGAGCAAGAACCGACGCGUCAUAAUCAAUAUAGUUGGAUUGUGUCUGAUUGUAUUGGGCUUAGGAAAUGUAUUAUUUGGUGAAAGUAUUUUAAACAAAUUCUUAGAAAAGGAAAUGGUGCUACGACCCGGUUCAAAAAUGUUUGAAUUAUGGAAAAUACCACCUUUAAAGUUAACUUUAGAUUUCUAUCUAUUUAACUGGACUAAUCCACAAGAUUUUCAAAAUCUCGAUAUAAAACCAAAAUUCGAGGAACUGGGUCCAUAUCGUUUUAUCGAGGUGCCACAUAAAGUCGAUAUUAAAUGGCAUACGCAAAAUGCAUCACUGACUUAUAAAAAACAAAGUAAAUAUUAUUUUGAUGCGGCGAACAGUAAAGGGCAACUGGAUGACAAAAUAGUGACGCUCAACUCGUUAGCGGUGUCACUUUCAUCGAAAGCGAAACGCUGGAGUUCGUUGCGACGUCGUGUGAUCGAUAUUGCUUUGAAUGUCUAUAACGGUGAUAUUUCGAUAACAAAGUCAGUGAAUGAGCUGCUCUUCGAAGGUUAUGAGGAUGUGCUGUUGAACAUGGCCAACUUCUUGCCAACAUCACUAAUAGAUGUGAAAGUGCCGUUCGAUAAAUUCGGAUAUUGUUACCCGCGCAAUUACAGCGCUGAUGUGACAGGCAUAUUCAAUAUACACACCGGCGCUGAUGAUAUGCGGAAAUUCGGACAAGUACACACCUGGAACUAUGCGGAUACGACACGAGCAUACGCACCCGAAUGUGCUAAAGUCUACGGUUCACCGGGUGAAUUUCAGUCAUUAUAUCUGGAGCCACACAAGCCGGUGGAUUUCUUUUUAUCGGAUGUCUGUCGUACAGUUACAAUGGAUUAUACGCAAACUGCAGAGGUAGAGGGUAUUCAGGGUUUCCGUUAUGAAGGCGGCAAGCGUAUGGUUGAUAAUGGCACUUUAUAUCCUGAGAAUGUAUGCCAUUGCAAUGGCGAUUGCGUACCAUCCGGUCUAAUGAACAUAACCUCCUGUUGGUUUGGUUCACCUAUGUUUCUGUCAUAUCCACACUUUUACGAUGCGGAUCCAUAUUAUCUCACCGAAGUGGAUGGCUUGAAACCCGAGAAGGAUAAGCACGAACUCUACUUGGUGUUAGAACCGAGGUCAGGAUUGAUGUUAGAGAUGAAAGCACGCUUGCAAUCUAAUAUACUGGUCGAACCGAUUUCUGAUUUUAAAAUGUUCCGCAAUAAACGUCGCAUUUUCUUUCCGCUCUUUUGGUUCGAAGCACGAACGCGCGUCUCUCCACAGCUGGCGGAAGAAUUCAAAUUGUUACCGCGUCUCUUGCUAAGCGGAAAAGUAUUUGGCAUUAUCAGUACAGUAAUUGGCUUGAUAAUGCUAGCUUGGUAUCCGAUUAAGUUGCAUUUACAAAAUCGUCUUAUACAACAAAUUAAAAUCAACAAUUUGGAUAAUGAAACACAUCACAUUGUGGCCAAAACCAUAUCACUGCAACCGGAGAUCUCACCGCUGCUGGUGGAAUCGGUGCAGGCGAAUGCGAAAAUAUUAGAAAGAGCCGACACACAGCUGACGGAGUUCAGUAUAGAAGCGAGCACGAGCUCAACAGAUCGCAGUUCAAUGCAAUCGUCUACGAGUUCAACAUGAUUAGCUUUUAAUUAUGGCUGGUUCCUUAGUAGUUAUAAGCUUGUGUGGAAAAAAAGUAGUUUUAGUAGUAAUUUUAAACAAUUUAUUUUAUAAACUAUAAUUAAGAAUUAAUAUGUAAAAUAUCUGCUAUACAUAUAUAUAUUUAGAUAUGUGUAGAUGAGUUAAUACAAAAUAUUGGAGAGAUUAUUCAUUUAUGAAUAUGCUCUCAUUGUCAUAUAAAUAGUUCUAUUGCGAAUAGCUUUGUGGUUAAACCAUUACAAAAAAUUUAGUGGGUAUUGAUUUAAAGAAAAAUACUUUUAAGAAAUUGUUUAGUGUUAAGUAAACAUAAAAUAUAUUCCAUAAUUUUAUAUGGCUUUUCAUAAAAGUUUUGUUUUAAUUAGGUGUACGCCUAUUUGUCAUAUAUUUUGUAAAAUAAGAGUUUUCAUUCGCU